UCUACAUAUUUAUAUUCAUGUGAUUACGUGUACAGUUUACAUAUACAGGUUGUUGAUACCUAACAUAGUACUCACGAGAUUCAUAAUUACAUUAAUAUAAAAAAAUGAAAAUGAAAAAUAGAAAUUAUUUGAUAAACACGUGCACAUCUAUAUUUAUAUGUAUUUAUUUAUGUAUGUUCGUAAAAAUAUUUCGUGAUAAAGCUACUAAUCAUUGAAAGAGGAUAUUUAUUUAUUGACAUUUUAAUUUUUUGUUUCGAGGACAUAUAAAGUCGACAACAAUUCGUGCAAAAUAAUCUCCCAAUAAUAAAAGUUCUCUUGGCGUACAACGUAAUUCUCUUGUGUUAUCCUGUUAGGAGACGUAUUUUAUGUACAUACGUAUGUUCAUAUAAAAAUAUUCAACUUUAUAUGAUUACGAAUUAACAAAUCCUUGAUGUAUAAAAUUUCGAGUCAUAAAUAGAUCAUCCUGUAUAUUGUAGAACAUUUCGUGAAUUUAUUUCUGAAUAAAUAAUAGCCUUAUUUAUUUCUAAAUAAUUUCCAAAAAUAAAAAAAAAAAAAUAAAAAAAAAAAAAAGAUGAAAAAUGAGUUGUCAAGUUUCAGUUUUAACAAGAAAUCACGAAAAUCGAAUCCAACACAGAAGAAUAUUUUCAGAGCUUAUCCUUUAUUCGUUAGAAAAGGUGACAAAGUGAUAUUUAAUUUUCAACAUUUCACGAGCCCUGAAAAAGUUUUAAGGGAGUACAUUCGCGUUAACGUUUACAACAAAAACAGAUUGGCCAGAAUCGACAAACAGAAAAUAUCGGAAGCGUUAUGUUCCUUACAUUGUGAUAAUCAAUUGGAUUCUGAUGUAGAUCCGUCCGAUUCCAAAUCAAAAAUUAUUUCUAAAUACGAUAACGCUAAAGAACGAUCAAAUAAUGGGAGAAGAAUGUCUGCGAGAAAAAAUAAAAUUAAACAGAAUGUCAAUACGGAAAAUGCACGUUGGAUAAAAAGGACAGCACAUACGUGGCAACCUAUAAAAAGGAUCUCUGCGACGAACAACAUCGUAUAUGAAUUUAAUCCUUUUGGAGAUAUUCAAAAGGACGAUGCGUUAAAAGAUGUAAGAGUUUCUAAAUCAACAACUACAGUUAAAAAAGAUGUUACAAAGGGUAAAAUUCGUCAAAUUGCAUCGUUACCAAAAUUAAAUCCCUCUAUAAAUAGUUCGAUUAAUGUUUUCGAAAAAGAAGAAAAAAUGACAAACAUACUGGAGGAUCAAACGUUUUUACCAUUUAUUUUAAACAAGACAACCUCAACGAAAAAUAAUAAAAUUUCGAAUGUAUCGGACAAUAAACAUAAAACGACAUCGUUGAAAUUAAAUAAAAUCGAUCAGGACGUGCAGAAUAUGAAAACUAAUUGGGAACAAUUUCAAAAAUAUCAAUAUCGUAAAAAAAAUAAAUAUAUGUCAAAUCCACGUAUGAGAAAAUUAUAUGACAUUUUGGAAAGUACUACGUGCAAUGUAAAUAAAAUAAAACAAGACGCUGAUUCGACGAUGAAUCGAGACGUAUUAAAAAGUAUCAAUGAACAUUCAAAGGAACCUAAAACAAUAGUUCAACGAGACGUCGAACGUAUUAAGAACAAGUUAUUUUCAAAACGAGAUCAAUGGACUGAUUUAAAAUCUACAUCUACAAAUACUUCCCCAACCAAGGAAUUAUUUAAGGAAGAUAUUGUAAGGGAUGAAAAAAAAGAUAUUAAUAAAAAACGUUCGUUGUUUACAGAAAAACGAUUAUGGAAUAUAAACGAUAUCUUAAACUUCGAAUCAAAUUCAUUAAAUUCAAAUGAAAAUGAUUUAUUGAAAGAGAAAAUAUCAUCUAAAGUUACAACCGAGAUAGAAAAAUAUUUAGAUGAUUAUACCACGAAUAUUGAUAAACUUGAUACGAUGAAAGAUAAAGAUUUAAAUAUCAACGUAAAUGAAUCUGAAAAUGACUUCGACGAGAAUAUUGAAAAAGAUUUCGAUUAUACCACUUGCAUUAAUGAAAACGAUAUUAAUAAUUUAGAGAAAUAUGAAAUCGAAACACAUAAGAACGAUAAUGAUAUAGCAGAAAAUAUAGGAUCGAUGAGUGAUACGAAAAAUGUAGAUACAAAAUCAAUUGAAACUUUUGACGAGAAGAAUAAUGGAAAAUUCUUAGAAGGUAAUGCAUUCGUUGAAAUGGGUUUUAAUGGUCUAAAUCUAUCGAAAGAUGUAUUGGAUCAAAUCCUUCAGUCGGAAUAUUUAAAAAAAGAUUUACUAUCGUUGUAUCCUAUAUAAGAAAAAAUGAAAAGAAAAAAAGAAA